GGAGGUCCGCCCCCGCACUUCCGUUUCCGGCGGCGGCGGCUAUGGCGCGAAGGAGCGGCCGGAGCAGCCGCAGCGGGAGGGCGGACCCGUUCCAGGAGAGCGAUGAGGAUGAGGACUUCGCCGCGCCGCCCAAGAAGGCUCGCCCCGCCGGGAAGAGAGUUCCCCUUGGUGAGAAACUUUUCCAGAGAGAUUUGGAAGUUACUUUAGCCCUGUCGUUGAAUGAAUAUUUGGGAAACAAAGAUAAAAUUCAGAAGAAAGAUGACCAUGCUGAACCUAAGGCAGCUGUAGAGGAUUUCAAACAGGAAGCUGUAUUAUGCACACCAGAGACGGACAACGAUGGAAACGUAUCUGCCAAUCAGGAGAACUCUCAGCCACCUUUGGAGAUUGAAUUAGGUUCUUCGGAAUCCGUUGGGAAGCCUUUGAAGACCUCAAGCCCUUCGGUGCUGAAGAAACCCAGCUGGACGCCCCCAGGUGCAUCUGGAAGCAAAACCAGUCCGGUGGGAAGAGCUCCGGUUACAUCACCAGUUCAUGGUCUCCGCCUUGGCCUCUCCAGACGUGCCAAAGUGAAACCUCUGCACCCAUCUUGUGCCGGUACCUAAAAGGGCUUAAGGCUGGCAUGAGAAGGCUGCGGAUUGAGGUGGAACAAAGGAGAAACCCGUU